GACGCGGCCACGCAAGGCGGGAAAAGAUGUCUCCAAGCGGCCGUCGGUUCUUGUGCCUGAUCGGGGCCGCCUGCCUGGGGCUGCCCUUGCCGUUGGGCGCGCAGGUGGUGGCUGACGAGACGUACUUAAACGAGGUGCAGAACUCAGUCCCCCUAUCUUGCUCCGAGGGUUUCACCGAGCUGGGUUACUACAACGGCACCGUGUCCCAGACGGAUUCGGGCGCCCCGUGCCUCAAGUGGACCGAGUUCCCCGACUACGUGGUGCAGUACCCGGGGCGCGGCCUCGGCGAGCACAGCUACUGCCGGAACCCGGACCGCGAGUCCAACCCCUGGUGCUUCUUCCGGCAAAAUUCAGGCGCCAUCGGAUGGGCCUACUGUGACUGUCACCAGGGUGCCGUCAGGCUGGUCGGCGACUCGUCGUCCAACAGCGGGCGGGUUGAAGUGUACUUGAAUGGCCAAUGGGGAGCGAUAUGCGAUUCUCACUGGAGCGACCGGGACGCCAGCGUGAUCUGCAGGCAGGUGGGCUUAAGCGACAUCGGCACGGUGUUGCGGCACUCCCAGCUCGCCUCGGGUUCCGGCCUCUUCCACUUUGAGCGUCUGGGUUGCCGUGGUGACGAGAACAGCGUGAGCGCCUGCGGAAGCAGGACGUUCAUCACCGGGGACUGUAACCAUGGAAACGAGGCAGCCGUCCUGUGUGCGCCUCCUGAAGGCAGCGGACCUCCGCUACGACUAGUCGGAGGUGAGGAAGACUUUGAAGGACGUGUGGAGGUUUUCCACGGCGGCAGGUGGGGCUCCAUAUGCGACGACCAAUGGGACGACAGAGACGCGGAGGUGGUGUGCCGGCAGCUGGGCUUCAGCGGUGUGGCCAAGGCGUGGGCAUGGGCUCACUUCGGUCAGGGUUCGGGUCCCAUCCUGCUGGACGCUGUCAAGUGCACGGGAAACGAACUCUUCCUGGAUCAGUGUCCACACGGGCACUGGGAGCAGCACAACUGCGACCACAUGGAGGACGCCGGAGUCUCCUGCAGCCCUUACACAGACGGAGUGGUUCGUCUGGUGGGGGGCGACAAUCCCUGGGAGGGCCGCGUGGAGGUGCUCCACAACGGCGACUGGGGGACGGUGUGUGACGACCACUGGAUGCAAGAGCACGCACAGGUGGUGUGUGGACAACUGGGAUAUAGGGGUUAUGCUGAGGUAGUGUCAGGCGGGACGUUUGGGGAGGGGGCCGGUCUCAUCCUGCUGGAUGACGUCCACUGCGACGGCUCCGAGAUGUCUCUGCUGGACUGCCGCCACGGCAUCUGGGGUCGCACCGACUGCUCCCACGCUGAGGACGUUGGCGUGCGUUGCAGAGGGAAGCCUGAAGACGAGACCAACGACGUGCCCGUUGUCGCCCCAUCCACAGGUCCUCUGUUGCGUCUUGCUGGGGGGGCCGAUAGGAAGGAGGGGCGUGUGGAGGUCUAUCUCCACGGUGACUGGGGGACAAUCUGUGACUCGGGGUGGAACGACCUCAACGCCGCUGUGGUGUGCAGGCAACUGGGCCACAGUGGCGGCGCUCUGGUGGCGAGGGGCUUCGGGCAGGGCAAAGGACCGGUCCACCUGGACCAAGUGAGGUGCACAGGCAAGGAGGAGUUCCUGGGGGAAUGUCCCUCUCUGGGCCUGAACAUGCUGGGCUGCCGGCACGGGCAAGUGGCAGGGGUCAAGUGUGACACCUCCGCUGCUUCGACGUCCUACCCGAUGGUUCAAGUACGCCAACUGGAGGCCAGCUGUGGGGUGAGGAAGCUUCAACAGGACAGCGGUGAAAGCAAGGCCCGAGAGGGAGGAGGAAACAUGCUCAGGAUAUCGUGGCCUUGGCAGGCGUCGGUGUGGCUUCAGUCCCAAAGUCAAGAUGGCGGCCCUCUCUGCAGCGCCACUCUCAUCGGCUCCUGCUGGGCCCUCACAUCCGCCACCUGUUUUGCCAGGUUUGGAACAGAGCCAUCCAGGUACGUGGUGCGGGUCGGGGCUUCUGAGCGGACUCUGACCCCAGAGCGUGUGGUCGUCCACAAGAAGUUCAAAGGCCAGAGUGGAGGUCAUGACCUAGCCAUGCUCAAACUGCCCGGCGCGCAGAAGGGUCACUGCUUUACCUUUGAUCCCCACGUCAAUGCCGCUUGCCUGCCUGACGAUGACCACAGCAGCAUGCCGGCUGCCUGCGUCGUCCUGGUGACCACGCGGCGGAGCACAUCAGACUCUGUGCUGGCGUCUUGGGUUCCGAUCAUGUCAUCGUGGCAAUGCAAGAAGCGCCACGGCGACAGCUUCUCUAGCCAUGGCACCGUGUGCGCCGGCAGCCCCCCGGACACCAGCCCGGUCCAUGGCAGCGGCGAAGGUUGCAGCGGCAACUCUGGAGGCGGCCUGCUGUGUCAUGCCGAGGCCGGUCGGUGGGUGUUGGCAGGAGUGGUUGCCGGGCGCUACGGCUGCGCGGACCCCUCCUCGCCGGCACUGUACACACGCGUCAGCCGCUUCCGCAGCUGGAUCAAUGACGUCAUCCACGCCGACUCCCAAAAUGGCAGACGAGGAGAGGAAACAAACGACAUCGGACAUCACGCGCACGCAAAACACACACGGCACUCGCAGGUGGCGGUUUGAUCGAGGCCUCACUGGCUUACCAAACCUGCGCCACGGGACCACCAGAGAAAAUGCGAACUCUGAUUGCUUCCCAACCAGAGGCCAAACAAAGAUGGCCGCCGAUCAGCAUGUGCUUUCAAAACCCCAAUUCAGUAAAUUAUGUGGCAGGGUGCUCAAUUAAGACAACAAUUAGGAUUAGCGCAAACUGCUAAUUAAAUGUACAGCUGAUAAACAUGCGACGUCAAAAAAAAAA